CUAUGAUAACUAAAGUUGUUUACAAAUAUUGUAAGAAUAUUGUCCCUUUUCUUUUGUUUUUUUGUCCAAGCUAAUACUAUGUUAGAACCCUGGAAUAAUGCUUCAAUUCUACCACCACCUAUUCAUACGUUUGCUUGUGAGAAAAACAGUUUCGAUAUAGCUGACCUGCUAUUCGUUUGCAAAGAAAUUCCACGAGUUCUUACGAAGCAGUCACCUUUACAUCAAGAAGGAGCUCUUUUAUCAAGAUUCAUAUACAAAUUCGAUAAGAAAUUCCGAAAUGAUAUCGGUUUUAGACAUUUGAAAAAAGUUAACACAGCUUUACGUAGGUAUCUGUCUCUUAAUUUGCUGAAAGAUGUUGAAAACUAUUGCUCUGUUUUGCCGACAAGCUGUUCUGAAGAAUUUUACUUACCAACUCGUCAAAUGCUGGAAUACUUGUUGGUGCGACUGAUAAGUUUUUCUAAAAUUAUGCAACGCAUUUGUGUUUGCUCCAAACAGGCAGCUGUUUUUUAUUUAGAUAGAAUUAAGAGGGGUGAGAGCUACUGGAUGUCACUCAUGCCAUUUGCUGUACUGAGCAGGGUCUGGUCCAUCUGCUCUGUGCUACUCAAGCAUUCUUGCAAUUGGUAUUCACAAAUGCAUUCAUUCCUGCCAAAGUUCCAAUUAAAAGGACUUCCAUUUUUACCAGAAAAUUACCAACUCCCAUCUGAUUUAAGGCAGUGGAUGAAUAUUAAAGACUUAGAUGAGUUUGGAAGAUUUGACUGGUCCUCGAAUAAGCGUGUUGAGGUAAUUCCAAUACUUGAUGAGGAAGAAGAUGCAGAAUCUUUUGAUAUAUUCAGAUAUGCAAAUCAUGUGAAUGAAAUACCACUAGAACCUGAGGCCACCGCUGAAGUUAAAAGUGUAAAUCACGGGACAAAUGUAACUGAUAUCAAACUUAUGAAUGCACAAGACAUGGAUCAAGGUCAAGCUAUAUCUAGAGAUAGUUAUCAAAAGACUACAACUUUGCAGUCACCAUGUCCACUUCCAAAAUCUCAUACAGUCAAAAACAAGGCAAAUCACUGCAUAGAAAAUGUAACAGGAAACCAAACUUUGAAACAAUUUUUGGAUACUGAGGACAAAAUGAGAAAUGAUAGUCCCGAAUGUGCAUUGACUAAUCAUUUAAGUUUCAUGCAGUGGCAAGCAUUAAAAAGUAAUUUAUUAAAACUGUGUGACCCAUUAUCUAAAAACAGGAAAAUAGAAAGGAAGUUUCAGAAGAUAUGGAAAGAAAAGUGUGAUAAUUAUAUUUAAAUUUCAACUAUGUAAAUCUUCAUCAAUAAAUUAUGAUCAGAACACA